AUGGACUCGGCUGGGAACAUCAGAACUAGCGGGUUGAAUACUGCGGGAGCAUGCGGUGAGGAUGUUAACUGUCCUAUUCAAAGGUGGUGUCACUUAUGCGGCCAGGUCCAGCAGGUAGUUAAAGGACCACGCUCUGAAGAAUGCCCACCUUUUGACGGCAAGCACCCUCCCAAGGAAGGGCCGGAUGAAAGUCCCCGAUGCCCUCUCUGUGAAGGGAACAUGACGGUGAUGCAGCAUUGGGUGCCUGAAAUCAAGAAGCUGAGGCCGUACUGGAGGUGUGCCGGUACCAACGGGUUCCCAUAUUGCAGGGGGUAUAGAUGGGUGGACGAGAUGACCGUGGGAUGCACCGAGCAUAAUGCAGGGGUGAGAUAUAAUGUAGUGCUUCGCUAUAACUAG